AUGACGAGCUCUGUGACCUCCUACGAGCAGCUGGUGCGGCAGGUGGAGGCCUUGAAGGCCGAGAACAGCCACCUGAGGGCGGAGCUUCGGGACAACUCCAGUCACCUGUCCAAGCUGGAGACGGAGACAUCGGGCAUGAAGGAGGUGCUGCAGCGUCUCCAGGGAAAGCUGGAACAGGAGGCCCGGGCCCUGGUGUCCUCAGGCCAAACUGGGCUUCUGGAGCAGCUGAAAGCCCUGCAAAUGGACAUCUCCAGCCUGUAUAACCUCAAGUUCCAGCCACCAGCACUGGGCCCUGAGGCCCCUGCCCGGAGCCCUGAAGGAAGCCCCCUGCACAGCUCUGUGCCCUCAAAGGAUGGUGUUGGGGAGCUGAGCCGGGCCACAAUCCGCCUGCUAGAGGAGCUGGACCGGGAACGGUGCUUCCUGCUCAAUGAGAUAGAGAAGGAGGAAAAGGAGAAGCUGUGGUAUUAUUCCCAACUGCAGAGCUUGUCCAAGCGCCUGGAUGAGCUGCCGCACGUGGAGACGCAGUUCUCGAUGCAGAUGGACCUGAUCCGGCAGCAGCUGGAAUUCGAGGCGCAGCACAUCCGUUCGCUGAUGGAGGAGCGCUUCGGCACCUCGGACGAGAUGGUGCAGCGCGCGCAGAUCCGUGCAUCGCGCCUGGAGCAGAUCGACAAGGAGCUUCUGGAGGCGCAGGACCGCGUGCAGCAGACAGAGCCGCAGGCUCUCCUGGCGGUGAAGCCAGUGCCAGUGGAUGAGGACCCUGAGGUGGAGAUCCCCACGCACCCCGAAGAUGGUGCACCUCAACCGGGGAACAGCAAGGUGGAGGUGGUCUUUUGGCUGCUGUCUAUGCUGGCAACGCGCGACCAGGAGGACACGGCGCGCACGCUGCUGGCCAUGUCCGGCUCCCCCGAAAGCUGCGUGGCCAUGCGCCGCUCGGGUUGCCUGCCGUUGCUGCUGCAGAUCCUGCACGGCGCUGAGGCGGGUCCAGGGGCUGGGGGCGUGGGGACCCCCGGGGCGCCAGGCGCCAAGGACGCGCGCAUGCGCGCCAACGCGGCGCUGCACAACAUCGUCUUCUCACAGCCAGACCAAGGCCUGGCACGCAAGGAGAUGCGCGUGCUGCACGUGCUGGAGCAGGUCCGCGCCUACUGUGAGACCUGCUGGGACUGGCUGCGCGCACGCGACGGCGGCCCAGAGGCGGGCGUGCCCUGGUCCACAGCCCCGGUCCCCAUUGAGCCUCAGAUCUGCCAGGCCACCUGUGCCAUCAUGAAGCUGUCUUUUGAUGAGGAGUACCGCCGGGCCAUGAACGAGCUGGGUGGGCUGCAGGCUGUGGCUGAGCUGCUACAGGUGGACUUUGAAAUGCACAAGAUGACCCGAGACCCUCUCAACCUUGCCCUGCGUCGCUACGCUGGCAUGACCCUCACCAACCUCACCUUUGGGGAUGUCGCCAACAAGGCCACCCUGUGUGCGCGCCGGGGCUGCAUGGAGGCCAUUGUGGCCCAGCUGGGCUCAGAGAGCGAGGAGCUCCACCAGGUGGUUUCCAGCAUCCUGCGAAACCUGUCCUGGCGUGCAGACAUCAACAGCAAGAAGGUGCUCAGAGAGAUCGGGAGCAUGGCGGCUCUGAUGCAGUGUGUCCUCCGGGCCACCAAGGAGUCCACGCUGAAGAGCGUGCUCAGCGCCCUGUGGAACCUGUCGGCACACAGCACGGAGAACAAGGCCGCCAUCUGCCAGGUGGACGGCGCCCUGGGCUUCCUGGUCAGCACGCUGACCUACAAGUGCCAGAGUAACUCGCUGGCCAUCAUCGAGAGCGGCGGCGGCAUCCUGCGCAACGUGUCCAGUCUCGUGGCCACCCGCGAGGACUACAGGCAGGUGCUCCGCGACCACAACUGCCUGCAGACGCUACUGCAGCACCUGACCUCGCACAGCCUGACCAUCGUGAGCAACGCGUGUGGCACGCUCUGGAACCUGUCUGCGCGCAGCCCGCGCGACCAGGAGCUGCUGUGGGACCUGGGCGCCGUGGGCAUGCUGCGCAACCUGGUGCACUCCAAGCACAAGAUGAUCGCCAUGGGCAGCGCCGCGGCGCUGCGCAACCUGCUGGCCCACCGACCCGCCAAGUACCAGGCCGCCGCCAUGGCCGUGUCGCCUGGCACCUGUGUGCCCAGCCUCUACGUGCGCAAGCAGAGGGCGCUGGAGGCGGAGCUGGACGCCCGGCACUUGGUGAAGGCGCUGGACCUGGACAAGGAGAGCCUGUCCGAGGCCGUGCCCCCCACCAAGAAGCCCCUGGCGCCCCUGCGCCUCCUGGACGGGCCGGCCCAGGACUACGCCUCCGACUCGGGCUGCUUCGACGACGAGGACGCUCCGUCUCUGGGGGCCGGAGCCAGCGCCACCACUGACGCCCCCCGUCCCGCCGGGGCGCCCCUCUUCCUUCAGGGUCCGGCGCUGGCCCGCACGCCCCCGCCGCGCCGGGGCCCGGAGCCUGAGGAGGCGGCCAAGGCCAGGCUGGCGCUGGCCGUGGCGCGCAUCGGCCGGCUGGUGGAGGACAUCUCCGCGCUGCACACGUCGUCCGACGACAGCUUCAGCCUUAGCUCGGCCGGCGACCCGGGCCAGGAGACCCCGCUGCCGCCUCGGGAGGCGCGCGCCCAGUCCUGCUCGCCCAGCCGGGGGCGCGACGGGCCUCGGAGGGAGGCGGCCAGCCGGGCCCACCCUCUGCUGCGGCUCAAGGCGGCGCACGCCAGCCUGUCCAACGACAGUCUCCACAGCGACAGCACCAGUGACGGCUACUGCCCGCAGGAGCACAUGCGGCCCUGCUCACUGGCCGCGCUGGCCGAGCCCCGCCAGGACGCCUCAGGCCCCGCCAGGCCCUCACGGCUCCGCCUGGAGCCUCCGGGCGCUGAGCCCCUGGGCCGGGAGCCCGCCGACGGCCGCGUGCGCACCAUCAAACUGUCGCCCUCCUACCAGCACGUGCCGCUGCUGGAGGGCAUGGCCAGGGCGGGCGCCGUGCCCGCCGCGCGCACGCAGGCCUGGCUGCCCACCGAGGGCCCCGCCUCUGAGAUGCCACCCACGCUGGCGGCGGGGGACACGGCGGCGCUCUGCUUGUCACGCUGCAGCUCGCUGUCGUCGCUGUCUUCCGCGGGGCGCGCGGGGCCCAGCGAGGACGAGGGGCAGGAUGACAGCGACUCAUCCUUGGAGGCACUGGAGGAGGCCGGGCCUGAGCGGGCUUCCGGGGCGGCGUGGCGGGCGCCCGGGGCCUCGCUGCCCGUGGCCAUUCCGGCGCCCCGUCGGGGCCGCAGCCGAGGCCUGGGCGCGGAGGACGCCACGCCAUCCAGCUCGUCCGAGAACUACGUGCAGGAGACACCGCUGGUGCUGAGCCGCUGCAGUUCGGUCAGCUCCCUGGGCAGCUUCGAGAGCCCGUCCAUCGCCAGCUCGGUGCCCAGCGAGCCGUGCAGUGGCCUGGGUAGCGGCACCGUGAGCCCCAGUGAGCUGCCCGACAGCCCUGGGCAGACCAUGCCGCCCAGCCGCAGCAAGACGCCGCCGGCCGCGGGUCCGGGCCCAGGCGAGCGCGGCGGGGCUGCCAGCCAGUUCUGCCUGCAGUGGGAGAGCUACGUGAAGCGAUUCCUGGACAUCGCCGACUGCCGCGAGCGCUGCCGCCUGCCGUCCGAGUUGGACGCGGGCAGCGUGCGCUUCACGGUGGAGAAGCCGGACGAGAACUUCUCGUGCGCCUCCAGCCUGAGCGCGCUGCCCCUGCACGAGCACUACGUGCAGCAGGACGUGGAGCUGCGCCUGCUGCCGCCCGUGCGUCCCGAGCGCGGCGGCUUCGCUGGACACAGGCGGCCAGAUGAGGCGGCCGCGAGGCCGGAGGGUUCAGCACCAGCCGCCCCUCGUGCGGGGCCGCCCGCCGCAGCCGCCAGCUCAGAGCUGGAGCUGCUGCGCGCCUGCCUAGGGGCCGCGGUGCCGGCGCGCGUGCGCAAAGUGGCUUCGGCCCUGGUGCCUGGGCGCCACCGGGCGCUGCCCGUGUACAUGCUGGUGCCCGCGCCCGCGCGUGGGGAAGACUCGGGCAGCGACUCGGCCGAGGGCACCCCAGUCAACUUCUCCAGCGCGGCCUCGCUCAGCGACGAGACACUUCAAGGGCCGCCACGAGAGCGGCCCAGUGGGCGCCGGGACAGGCAAACGCCAGCCGGCCGCUCCACCUCCUCCAGGCAGGCCUCCAGGCAGCGGCACCGAGUUGGGGACGGCCGGAACGCCGAGCAGACCCGUGGGAAGGGCAGGAGCCGAGCAGGCCUGGAGCUGCCCCUCAGCCGCCCGUCCAGUGCCCGCUCAGACCUGGACGGGCAGUGCCCUGGCCGGGCACGCGGCGAGGGGGCCCUGCAGUCGCUGUGCCUCACCACGCCCACCGAGGAGGCCGUGUACUGCUUCUACAACGAUUCAGAGGACGAGCCUCCAGCGCCCGCGCCCGAGCCCCCGCGCCGCACCUCCGCCAUCCCGCGUGCCCUCAAGAGGGAGCGCCCAGCGGGCAGGAAGGAGACGCCCAAGGCCGCCCCGCAGGCCGCGCGGGCGCACCCAAGCCUCAUCGCCGACGAGACGCCGCCCUGCUACUCCCUGAGUUCGUCCGUGAGCUCCCUCAGCGAGCCCGAGCCUGAGCCGAGCGCGCGCAGGCCCGGCGGACAGGCCGAAGGGUCGCCCGGCCCCAGGCGCCCGCAGCCCCGGCGGAAGCCCGGAGCGGCCCAGACAGCGGCUGAAGUGGCCCGGGAGCGUCGGGAGGAGGCGGCGGGCUCCGAUCGCGGCGCCUCGGAUCUGGACAGCGUCGAGUGGCGCGCCAUCCAGGAGGGUGCCAACUCUAUCGUCACCUGGCUGCACCAGGCGGCCGCCGCUGCUGCCACCCGUGACGUCGGAAGCGACUCUGCCCCACCCUACGCUCCUGUGCCCGGCGCUGACGGGAAGGGCCGGCGUCCGCGAGCCGAGGGCCGGGCGGGCAGCGCGGGGCCACAGGAGAGACGGGCAGCUGCUGACCGCGGUGGCCCCGAGGAGCCUCGAAGUGCGCCUAAGGCGACGUCCGCCGUGCCCGCCGUGCUGCGGGGCCGGACGGUCAUCUACAUGCCCAGCGCGGCUCCCCGGGGACAGCUCAGAGGCACGCCUGGGCCCCGCGCUGGCCCGCGGAAGCCGGGGCCACAGAGCCCCGCACAGACCCCCGCCUCCCACCUGCCUCCUGGCGCCGGGCCCGCGCGCUCCCGCAGUCUGCACAGGCCAGGCAAGAUCUCGGAGCCGGCGCAGCGCAGCGCCCCGCAGAGGAGCUCCACGCCCCCCGCGCGCCUGGUCAAGACGCCCUCGUCCGGGUCCUCGCAGAGCUCCCCAGCAGGCCCGCAGCCGCCGCGGAAAAGCCCCCUGAACGCCCCGCCAGGGCCCCUGCCAGGGCCCGGGGCCUCCUCGCCAGUGCCCAAGACGCCGGCGCGCGCGCUGCUUGCCAAGGCGCACAAGACGCAGAAGUCGCCAGUGCGCAUCCCGUUCAUGCAGAAGCCCGCCCGGGACGGUGCGCGCCGCGGCAGCGAUGGCGAAGCGCGCGCCUUGCCCAGGGUAGCCGCGCCUGGCACCACGUGGAGGCGCAUCCGCGAUGAGGACGUACCGCACAUCCUGCGCAGCACGCUGCCCGCCUCUGCCCUACCGCUGGUGGGCGCGGGGGCGACUGAAGGGACUCCGCCACGCAAGACGAGCGACGCUGUAGUUCAGACUGAGGACGUCGUGGCGGCCAAGACCAACUCCAGCACGUCUCCGAGCCUGGAGAGCAGGGAGCUGCCCCAGAGCCCGGGAGGCCCAGGCCCUCUGGGCAGCGACGUGGACGGUCUCAGUCCGCCAAAGGCGCCGCCUGCCGUGCCCUUUGCCCAUGAGGGUCUGGGCGUGCCCACGGGGGGUUUCCCUGCCAGCCGCCACGGCUCGCCCAGCCGUGCGGCCCGGGUGCCACCCUUCAACUACGUGCCCAGCCCUAUGGCAGCCGUCGCCACUCCGGACUCCGCGGUGGAGAAAACCCCUUCGGCGGCGCCUGCAGGCCUCCUGGAAUAG